CUCGGGAAAGGAAAGCGAAAGCGGCGGGACUGAGCGCUGCCCGUCGGGACCGGCGUCGAUAUAGGGAGAGAAGAUCGUUCGGCGGCUUCGCGCGGGCGAUGGAGGGCUCCGGGCAGGAGCCGCCCCGCGCUGCGGCCAGAGGGCAUGCAGAUCCUUGGGAUGCUGGCUUUAUACAAAGAGGCGGCAAUGGAACAAAGACUGUGUCAGGCUGGCCAGCUCUGUUAGGGGAAAGCCCCCAAGCCACUAAUUAUACUCUUCAGCCUAGGCAAAGAGAGGAGAGAAUUUUGAGGUUUCCUCAAUCAAGCAAGAAUAAACCCAGAAUACAAGGUGGAGAGGCCAACAGUGGAGGUAUGGGACACUGGAAUGAAGAGGAGAAUGAGGAAAGGAGAAUAAGGCCUCCAGGUGGACAAGCACCCGAGGGGGCCAGAGCACCCUGGAAUGAACAAGAAAUUCAGGGUAGGGGAAGGAGGCGAUAUGGUGGACAAGCACACAAUAGGGCCAGAGGCCCGUGGAAUGAGAAAGAAAAUGAGGGUAGGGGAAGGAGGUAUCAAGGUGGACAAGCCCAAGAAGGAGCUAGAGAACUAAAGAACAGGCAAGAAAAUAAAGGCAGGGAAAGGAGAAUGCAACCUCAGGAGAAUCCUCAUCUCUACCAGAAUCAUAUCCCAGGAGGUGUCCAGCUCAGUGAGCAGCCUCGGCAAGUCAAAAGGAUUGGCUAUAGAUUCCUAGAAAGUCUCCUCCAGAAAGACCCUUCAGAAGUUGUCAUCACGCUUGCUUCCAGUUUAGGUUUGAAGGAGCUUCUUUCCCAAACUGCUAUGAAACCCAGUUUCCUUGAGCUCAUUUGCCAGGUGAUUAAAAAAGCAUGCAGUUCCCGAGUAGAUAGACAGAGUGUCCAACAGCUUCUUGGAGAGGUGAAGGAGUCCAACUUUCUCAAGAUCUGUCUGCCACAGUAUGUGUCUGACAUGGUAACAGAAACAGAGCCUGCUGUGCGUUACCAGUACCCUGUGCAUAUUGCUAACAUCGUUUCACUUCUCCAGGACCUGAUCAGUAUUUUCCCAUCCAGCUCUGUGCAGAAAAUCUCCAUUCUCUUGACAGUCUUGCAAGCAUCCAUAAAUGCCCUAAGAGAUUCUGGUGUGGACAUCACAGAAGAAACAGAGAAAAAUCUAAAUAAAGUCCAGAUGCUUAUGCAGCAUCUGCAGGAGAAGAAACGUGAAGGCACGCUGAGGGCUGAUAACUAUACUCUUAUGCAGCCUCAGACUGAUGGUGAAGAAGGAACCUACCGUACAAUGACAAUUUAUCCGACAUAUGAUGAAGUACACCAUGAUGGAAAACCCUUUCUACGUCCCAAUAUUGUUUCUGGAAGAUAUGAUAGCACGAGCAUUUAUCUUGACACCCAUUUUCGGCUUUUGAGAGAAGACUUUGUAAGGCCUUUAAGGGAAGGUAUCUUAGAGCUUUUGCAGAGCUUUGGGGACAAAGGUUUGAGAAAGAAAAAAUUUGAUGAUAUCAGGAUCUACUUUGACGCACGCAUAAUUACCCCCCUCUGUUCCCUAACUGGUAUUGUUUACAAGAUCCAGUUUGACAUAAAACCAUUGAAAUAUGUACGAUGGCAGAAUUCCAAACGGUUGCUAUAUGGAUCCCUCAUCUGCAUGUCCAAAGAUCGCUUUGAAACAUGCCUUUUUGCCACUGUUUCUAAUCGUGAUAAUGCAGAUCUUGCCUGUGGGAUUGUGCAGCUAUGUUUUAAUGCACAGAACCAGGCACUGCUGGCAGAUGUUCGGCCCUCAGACUCCUUCCUCAUGGUAGAGACAACUGCCUACUUUGAGGCCUAUCGGCAUGUGUUAGAAGGGUUACAGGAAAUCCAGGAAGACGAUAUCCCAUUCCAGAAGUACAUCGUGGAAUGUGAUACGCAGGUGAAGAAGCCAACAUACCUGACAAUGAGUACUGCCUAUAACUUUGCACCCUUGAUGGAAGAUCUCCUGUCAGAUGAAGUGAUGAACCCUGGUGUUUUGAGAGGGCAGAGUGUCUGUGUUCUAGAUCCCAAGCAGUGGCCUUCAAUGGAAACUUUGAGAUUAGAUGAGUCUCAGAUGCAGGCAUUGAAUCUUGCUCUCACCAAGGAGCUGGCUAUCAUCCAAGGACCUCCUGGGACUGGGAAGACCUUUGUGGGUUUGAAGAUUGUUCAGGCUCUCUUGACUAAUAAGCACGUGUGGCAAUGCAUUGGCCAGAAGUCUCCCAUCCUUGUAGUCUGCUACACUAACCACGCGCUGGAUCAGUUCUUGGAAGGAAUAUACACAUUCCAAAAACAUGGGAUGGUGCGUGUUGGGGGCAGAAGUAGCAGUGAAGUCUUGAAGCAAUUCACUUUGAAGGAGCUGAGGAAGAAGUGCGAGUUUCGAUACAACUUGCCACUGCAUCUCCGCAGAGCCUAUGUGAAUAUAACCGCUGAGAUGAAACAGGCUGAGCAGCAGCUCCAUGAAGUAGCAAAGCACUUGGAGUGCACAAUGCAUGGAGUUUUGCAUGAGCGCCACUUGGAAGCAUGCAUUGCGCCCCAGCACUGGGACAGUCUGAUGAAUGGUCUGGACGAUAAGGAGUUCUACAACAGUGCUUUGCGACACUCAGUGAUUCUGGAGUGGCUGGGCCUUGGUGUAACCGUCUUCACCCAGAAUGCUGCAGAAAAUGUAGGGGCUGAGAAUCCAGGUAGUCUGCAGGAGGAAGAGGAGGAGUGGGAAGAUGAAGCAGAAGAGGAACUAUUGGAGAUCCCAGAGGAGGCUGACCUGAUUCAAGCUGACAGAGUGAUUGAGGAUGAAGAGGCAGCAAAACCUCAGGGAGGAAAAGAGGAAGAGCACAGAGCCGUUCAUGAGCUAGCCAGUGUGCUGUUGGCUAUGAGGUUGGAGGACCAGGAAGAAGAAGCACCCCAACUCCAACAGACCGUUAUGCAGUGGGAGAUAACUACUGCCCAGAGGAAGAAAAUGAAACAGAGGAUGAAGCUUGAGCUCCGUAAACUGAGUGCAAUGACAGAGUUAGAGGCUAACACUAUUCGGGAUCUGUGGCAGCUUGACCUGAGCUCCCGUUGGAAGCUUUACAGGCUUUGGCUGCAGACAUAUCAAGGGGUUAUUCGCCAGAGGAUUCUGCAGCAUGAACAGCAGUACCAGGCAGCAGCAGAAAGGCUGACAGAACUGAGACUGCAGGAGGAUCUUUGUAUUCUCAAGGAGGCCGAAGUUGUGGGGAUGACAACUACAGGAGCUGCCAAAUACCAUCAGCUCUUGCAAAAAAUAAAGGCACAAAUUGUUGUUGUAGAAGAGGCAGCAGAGGUGCUUGAGGCUCACACUAUUACUACUAUGACUAAAGCUUGCCAGCAUCUCAUCCUCAUUGGAGAUCACCAGCAGCUGCGGCCUAGUGUGAAUGUAUAUGACCUGGCCAAGAACUUCAAUCUGGAAGUCUCUCUCUUCGAACGGCUGUUGAAAAUCAAUUUCCCUUUUGUCUGCCUUAAAUAUCAACACCGCAUGCGUCCUGAAAUUGCUCAACUUCUCACCCCUCACAUAUACCGGGAACUGGAGAACCAUCCUUCUGUCCUGAAGUAUGAGAACAUAAAAGGGGUCUCAUCUAACCUCUUCUUUGUGGAACAUGACUUUCCUGAGCAACAGAUCCAGGAAGGGAAAAGCUACCAGAACCCACACGAGGCCCAGUUUGUAGUGGAACUGUGCAAAUACUUCUUGUGUCAGGACUAUCUACCUUCUCAGAUCACCAUUCUCACUACUUACACUGGACAGCUCUUCUGCCUGCGUAAACUCAUGCCAGCCAAGACUUUUGCAGGUGUGAAGGUUAAUGUAGUAGAUAAGUACCAGGGGGAGGAAAAUGAUAUUAUUCUGCUGUCACUCGUGCGGAGCAACAAAGAGGAGAGAACUGGGUUCUUACAGAUUCCUAAUAGGAUAUGUGUAGCAUUAUCCAGAGCUAAGAAGGGGCUGUAUUGUAUUGGAAAUAUGAGAAUGCUUGGCAAGUGUCCUCUCUGGAGCAAGAUCAUUCAAACCCUUCAGGAGAAAGGUCACAUUGGUCGAUCAUUAGUCCUUUUCUGUCAAAACCACCCUGAAACCAAGACACCAGUAUCUACAGCAGCAGACUUCAGCAAGGUCCCAGAGGGAGGCUGUAAUCGUCCCUGUGAAUUUAGGCUGAGUUGCGGACAUGUUUGCACAAGGGCAUGUCACCCGUAUGAUGCCCAGCACAAAGAGUACCAGUGUAUGAAGCCUUGUCCAAAGGUGCUCUGUGCAGAUGGGCACCGCUGUCAGCGCUUGUGUUACGAGCCCUGUGGACCAUGCAUGGUGAUAGUUGAGAAAACUAUUUUUAGAUGUGGCCAUCUGCAGAUGGUGCCGUGCUCUACUGCAGACAGCGAGUUUCUUUGCCAAGAACCUUGCCAGAGAAAGUUGAUCUGUGGGCACACGUGCAACAAAUUCUGUGGGCAGGAAUGCACUAAGUUGUGUCCUGAACUGGUUACAGUCACUCUGAAAUGUGGCCACAAGCAGCGAGUUAAAUGCUGGAUUACUGAGCAGAUGAAGCAUGACAAGUCUGUGGAAUGUAAUGCUAAAUGUUCUGUGCUGCUCGAGUGUGGUCACAUCUGCUCAGGUUCCUGCCACACCUGCUUUGGAGGGAGGUUUCAUAGGCCGUGUAGUAGCCCAUGCAAGCGCUUUUUGGUCUGCUCCCACAAGUGUCAGCAGCCUUGCACUACAGAGUGCCCUCCUUGUCAGAGGGAGUGCCAGAACCGCUGUAUCCACAGUAGGUGUGGAAAGAAAUGUGGAGAGCCCUGUUUUCCGUGUGCCGAGCCAUGUGAGUGGCAGUGCCAGCACUACCAAUGUACCAAUCUUUGCUCCGAACCAUGCAAUAGGCCUCGCUGCAAUGUACCAUGUGCUAAGCUACUGCGCUGCGGUCAUCUUUGUUCUGGAUUGUGUGGCGAGCCCUGCCCAAAGAAGUGCCUUGUUUGUGACCGUGAGGAACUCACCCAGAUAUUUUUUGGCUUCGAAGAAGAUUCAGAUGCUCGAUUUGUACAGCUUGAAGACUGUGGCCAUGUCUUUGAGUCCCAAGGCCUUGACCAUUAUAUGGAUGAAGAUGAUGACGUUAUCAAGCUGAAGGUGUGCCCAAUGUGUCAGACACCUAUCAGAAAGAAUUUGAGAUACGGCACCAUUGUGAAAAGGCGGCUACAUGAGAUAGAACAGGUGAAAGAGAAAAUUCAAGGCCCAGCACAGGAAAUUGAGUCCAGCAGGCAAAGGCUGCAGGCUGCGCUGGCAGAGAAUGCUGUUCUGCACCAGAUGCUGCCACUCAAGUACCGCAUGCUGGAAGAGAAACUAAAUGCUUCUAAUCUUUCCACAAAAAGUAUUGGACUAAUUGAGAACCAGCUUUACUUCUACGAACACGUAGCAAACCUAACCAAUUCUAUAAGGAAAAUUGAUGUGAAUGAGUGGAAAGGGGUGACAAAGCGGCUGGAUGAAGUGCAGGAGUGGCUGGAUAAGCCACGCCUCUGCUUUACGGGACAGGAGGUCUCUGACCUGCAGUCUGAGCUCCAUAGACUGACCUGCUUGCUGAGCCUUUUGGCAUGGUGCAAAGGCGCAAGCGGGAUGAUCACCCCUGUGCUGGUGCCAGAGAUUGCCCGUGCACGGGAGGUCCUGGAAGGAACAAAGAAAUUCACAGCAGAGGAUGAGGCAGCAGUGAAGGCCAAGCUGGAGCAGCUCUAUGCAGCCUUCCCCGUCUCAGGGCUGGGGAUCUCGGAUGAGGAGCGGGUGCAGAUUGUCCGUGCCAUCGGCUGCCCCCGCGGCCACUGGUUCAAGUGCAGGAACGGGCACGUCUACGUGAUUGGGGAGUGCGGGGGGGCCAUGGAGCGCGGGGAGUGCCCCGAGUGCCACGAAGUCAUCGGGGGCGCCAACCACGCUCUGGCCAGCGGCAACAGCCUGGCCCCAGAGAUGGACGGCGCCACGUACGCGGCCUGGUCCGAGGCGGCCAACGACCUGCUCGGCUUCGAGCAGCUCCGCCGGCUGCUGUAGCGGCCCGACACCCCCUCCCCGGGUGGCUUAGUCGCUAAUAAAACGUUCACAGCUGCCGCGCUGUGUCAGCUCUGUCGGGAUGGGGGGCGCCGGAAGAGGCGGGGCCGCCGUUCCCUGAGACCGGAAGUGACGCGCGGCUGGGCGGCCAUGGCGGCGCGGGAGCCGCUGCGGGAGCUGGUGGCCGCGCUGCGCGCUGUGCUGGCGCGGGUCCGAGGUGGGGGCCGCGGCCGCGCGGGGGCUGGGUCGCUCUGAGACGCCCCUCCGCCGGCUG